UUCUCGAUGAAAACCUUCAAAAUGACCACAUCUCCACAUCGUCUGAUCUUUCUCCUUAUUGUUUUAGGAGCUCAGGGGAAUGAAUGGGUUGUAAAUUACACCCAACAAAAUCUCUGUGCUUUAAACGGAUCUAAAGUUUUUAUAAAUGGCACGACCACACACUCAGUAGGCCUUAAUGUCACAAUGGCAUUUUGGUCAAUGAACCUAUUUCCUGGUAAAGAGACUGACCUGCAUAAUGUUUCAGCUUACUCUGCCAGAGUGGAGUAUUUAGGAGAUGAACAAAGGCACUUCUCUCUAAUAUUGAGUGAUGUGAAGAAAACAGAUGAACACAGAUACUACUUCAAAAUCAUUGCAAACUCAACAAAUCAAAGCUGGGUGGCUGAAACUGGAGUUAAUCUCACUGUUACAGAUCUUCAGGUGAUCGCUCCUGCAGAAGUGACAGAAGGACAAUCAGCUGUUCUGACCUGUAAAACCACCUGCAGUCUGACUGAUCCAACAUUCAUCUGGUACAAAAACAGCCGUGAUUUAACCACAAACACCAUCAAGAGGAAUAAAGUCCACCUGCAGCCGGUCAGCAGUGAGGAUGCAGGCAGUUAUAGCUGUGCUGUAAGAGGAUAUGAACAUCUCUCCUCUCCUGCUCACACACUCAGAGUCAGAUACCCUCCAAAGAACAUCUCAGUGUCCAUCAGUCCCUCUAGUGAGAUAGUGGAGGGCAGUUCAGUGACUCUGACCUGCAGCGGUGAUGCUAACCCACCUGCCACCUGCAAAUGGUAUAAAGAGACAAUAUUAGUGGAAAAAGGAAAGAUAUACAGCAUCACCAACAUAAGCAUUGAAACCAGAGGAGAGUACAAGUGCAAGUGCAGUAAUGAAAUCAGACAUAAGUACUCCACUGGUAUAAUUCUGAAUGUUUUGUAUCCUCCAAGGAAUGUGAUGUACACUGUUUCAGUGUACAUCAGCUCUGCUGGUGAUAUAGUGGAGGACAGUUCAGUGACUCUGACCUGCAGCAGUGAUGCUAACCCACCUGUGGAGAACUACACCUGGUUUAAGGUGAAUGAAUCCUCAUCUGUAGGAUCUGGACAGAGUUACAGAGCUCUACAGAGUGGACAGUACUACUGCGAGGCUCAGAAUAAACACGGCUCUGAGAGAUCAGCUGCAGUGUCUGUCACUUUACAUGUAUCAGGUACGUCUGUGAUUGUGUAUGUAAUUGUUGGAGUUGGACUUUUGGGGCUGGCAGCUCUUAACUCUGCACUCUUCUGGCUGAGAUGGCUGGACAACAUCAUCCUUAAGUGUGUGGAUGGCACUGCAGUGAUGGGAUGCACCACUGGUUUGGACAAAGCAGCAUAUAAAAUGGAGAUGGCCAGUUUGGUAACAUGGUGUGAGGAUAACAACCUCUCCCUCAACAUGAACAAGACAAUGGACAUGAGAGUGGACACGGAGAAGGAGAAAGGACCUCAUCGACCACUGUUCAUCCGGGAGCUUGAAGUAAAGAGGCGUAUCGCCAUGGACAUUGUGGGACCUCUGGAAAAGAGCAGUGCAGGGCACCAAUACAUCCUGGUCGUCAGCGAUUAUGCGACAAGGUACCCUGAGGCUUUCCCUCUUCGCUCCACGACUACGUCCAAGAUCAUCAAUGCUCUCGUCCAGCAGUUCUCCAGGGUGGGGAUUCCAGAGGAAAUCCUCACAAACCAGGGGACCAACUUCACAUCACGGCUGAUGAAGCUACUGCAUCAACAGCUUGGCAUCACCGCGAUCAAGACCAGCCCAUACCACCCUCAGACUGAUGGACUGGUGGAACAUUUUAACCAAACGCUCAAAAACAUACUCCGCAAGUUCGUCUCUGACACUGGAAGGGACUGGGACAAGUGGCUACCAUUCUUGUUGUUUGCCUACAGGGAGGUACCACAAGCAUCUACAGACUCUUCUCCAUUUCAGCUCCUGUAUGGAUGGCAGGUCCAAGGACCACUGGAUCUCCUGCAAAAGAGCUGGGAGGCCGCUUCAUCUCAGAGAAUGGACAAAGGCCUGAUACAACAUGAAAUCCACCUUCUGGAUCCAACACCUUCUCGUCAGAGGCCAUACAGAGUGCCUGAAAGGCUGGUGGCACCCCUAAAGGCAGAGAUUGAGAUGAUGCUGGAGUUGGGAGUUAUUGAACCCUCCAAGAGUGAAGAAAUGCCCAUUGCUUUCCUGAGCAGGAAGUUGUUACCAAGAGAGACGCGAUACUCCACAGUGGAGAAGGAAGGCCUGGCGAUCAAGUGGGCAUUGGAGAGCCUCAGAUACUACCUGCUGGGAAGGAAGUUCCUACUGGAGACAGAUCACAGAGCCCUGACAUGGAUCCAUACAAUAAAGGAUCACAACUCCCGUGUCACCAAAUGGUAUCUUUCCCUGCAGCCAUACCAAUUUAAAAUUCAACAUCAACCUGGACCCCAGAACAAGAUAGCCGACUACCUGUCUCGAUACCCGGUGAUCGCUCCUGCAGAAGUGACAGAGGGACAAUCAGCUGUUCUGACCUGUAAAACCACCUGCAGUCUGACUGAUCCAACAUUCAUCUGGUACAAAAACAGCCGUGGUUUAACCACAAACACCAUCAAGAGCAAUAAAGUCCACCUGCAGUCGGUCAGCAGUGAGGAUGCAGGCAGUUAUAGCUGUGCUGUAAGAGGAUAUGAACAUCUCCCCUCUCCUGCUCACACACUCAGAGUCAGAUAUUCUCCAAAAAAUGUCUCAGUGUCCAUCAGUCCCUCUGGUGAGAUAGUGGAGGGCAGUUCAGUGACUCUGACCUGCAGCAGUGAUGCUAAACCACCUGUGGAGAACUAUGAAUGGUUUAAGGAAAUUACAUUAGUGGGAAAAGGAAAGACCUUCACCAUCUCCAAGAUCAGCUCUGAGGACAGUGGAGAGUACAAGUGCAAGUGCAGUAAUAAAGUCGGACAUCAGGACUCCAGCAGUGUGACUCUGAAUGUUCUGUAUAUUCCAAAGAAGGUCUCAGUGUCCAUCAGCAUUUCUUUUAACAUACUGGUGGGCAGUUCAGUGACUCUGACCUGCAGCAGUGAUGCUAACCCACCUGUGGAGAACUACACCUGGUUUAAGGUGAAUGAAUCCUCAGCUGUAGGAUCUGGACAGAGUUACAGAGCUCUACAGAGUGGACAGUACUACUGCGAGGCUCAAAAUAAAAACGGCUCUGAGAGAUCAGCUGCAGUGUCUGUCAGAAAUGGUGUAAGUGGUUCUGUGAUAUUGUAUGUAGCUGUUGGAUUUGGAUGUUUGGGUCUUGGAGCUUUUCUCUUUGCACUAUUCUCUAUGAGAUGCAGGAGACAGAAGAAAAAGGCGGACAGUGGAGACUUCCAGAACGCUGGGCCGAGUGCUAAAGACGACACGUACGCAGCUCUCGACCUCACAGCCCAGUCAUCUAAUGAUGUGUAUCACACACUUCAAAUUUCUCAUCCCAGUCCUCCUGCUGAUACACCCACAUCCUCUGACUGCUAGAAUAUGGCAGUAGGUUUUAGCUCUUAAAACCAAAUUCACCAUUAAUUAUGAUUUGUAACUCUACCGCACACAGCUGUAACUUUAACAGUAAUUUUAUA